UCGCGUAACAGGCACAUACUCCUGAAUGGUCGAUCGCAUGAUCUGAUCCGCCUGCCAGAACGGACGAGAUGAGAUGAUGUUUCGGGAGCAUGGUAGCAGUUGAUGCUGGUACUGAUCAGCUUACCCCGCCGACGCACAACACACACACCUCCCACCACAUCCACAAUCGCGCUGGCAGCUGACAACAACGCGAAACGCCGAUCGUAUCAUACACCGUAAAGGAGAAAGAAGGGCAUUACACCAUACACGAUCACUAGGGUGUGCGUGAUUCUUGAUAAGGGUCAGGACGGCGUGUGCAAAAGGACGGACAGAACGUUUUGCUCCAUGCUGUCCCGGUUCGGGGCGUGCUCACCAACACACAAAGAUUGUAGCGAAAGGAUGGCAAGACGCGAGAUAACCGUAUUGCGGUGAAGGUUGAAUGUGGGGUGAAUGAGGGAUCUUCUUCCUGUGCCCAUCGUUCAGCAGCAUAAGUAGGACCCACCGUCGAAGGGCGCAAGCUAGUUGAAAGCGAAGCUUCAGCACGUUCGGUCCAGAGUUGACCUCCGGUUCCGUUUUAUCCCCCCGCCGAAAAACGCCUAACGCUUGGCGGCGUUCGUGUGUUCGUGUGCAGCGGCAACAGCAACCAAAAUAAUCAGAUCGGACCACUCUGCAAAGUGACACGCGCGUUCAGCAUUUGUCCAGAUCAUCCGAUUCUUGGCGAAACUGUAAACGCACACACAUCGUUCGUUGCUGUGUUGAGAGGUGAGAGAUACGGGCAUUGCGUGGCGUCUCGUUAGAAACUGUGGCUCACCGGCUCCCCAGUGUAGAGUGAAGUGAGCGAACAUAUUGUGGUGAGAAGGAACCAAAAGCUUGAUGAGAAACUCCUCAUCGGGCAGAUCUUGAUCUGGCACAAACCUAUCGUGCGGCUCAUUCGAUGCCGCGUAGUUCUCGGAGACAGACGGGAUUUUUUGGCAGCCGAUCAUCUCAGCCGAAAACGGAAGGAAGAGACUGUACGUUUGUGUAGUGGAAGAGUUGUGUGAGCUAUAGAUCUGUUGACGGCAAGUGUUCGGUUUAGCACACAGUGCGUUAAUCCUAGGGCCGAUCUGUGUUUUGUAGAGCUUUGCGUGAUUUACAAAAAUAUAGUCUCAACUUGAGCGUAAGUGUAUCCCAUCCCUAGACGUAUUAAACCCGGUUUUUGCACAAACCCGGGCAGUAAACGUCGUCGAUACAGAGCUAUCAACAGCAGGCUUCCGAGUGCCGUCAUCGCGGAAGCGCAGCCAUUCCUUCACGAGGAAAACGUUCGAACAGACGAAAACAACGACGCAAUCAAAGCAACAGCACCAUGCCGGCCCGCUUCGAGGAAGUGACCGCUACUGACACCCGUCGCGGUGUCCCCAUCGAUCUCGCCGGGGGACACUACGAUGUCGACGCUGGUGUGGGUGGCCACGCCGGCCACCGGCCCAACAUCGUGGAUGACAUCUGCAUCACAGGCUUUUCGGGCCGGUUGCCCGAAAGCUCGGAUAUUGGAGAAUUCACGCGUAAUCUGCUGGAAGGCGUCGACAUGGUAAAUGAUGACGAUCGCCGUUGGCCCGCCGGUUUGUACGAUCUGCCGACCCGCAUCGGUAAAAUCAAGGACGAAGAUCUGCAACAUUUGGACGCGGAGUUCUUCAAAAUUCACCAGAAGCAGGCUGAGUGUAUGGACCCGCAGCUCCGCAUGCUGUUGGAGUGUACCCACGAGGCGAUCAUUGAUGCUGGCAUCAAUCCACAGGAAAUACGCGGUAGUCGCACCGGUGUUUAUAUCGGUUGCUCAAAUUCUGAAACCGAGCAGCAUUGGUGCGCCGAUCCGGACCUAGUCAAUGGAUACGGUUUGACCGGAUGUGCACGUGCAAUGUUCGCCAACCGUAUCUCAUACACCUUCGACUUCAAAGGUCCCAGUUAUGCGGUCGAUACCGCCUGUUCCAGUUCUCUGUUCGCUCUAUCGCAAGCCUUCGCCGACAUGAAGGCGGGACACUGUGAUGCGGCGAUCGUGGCCGGAUGUGGUCUCAUCCUGAAACCGACCAUGUCCCUGCAGUUCAAGCGAUUGAACAUGUUGAGCAAGGAUGGCAUGUGCAAAGCGUUCGACGAGUCGGGCAACGGAUAUGUUCGGUCGGACGGUUGCGUCGUCACAUUCCUUCAGCGUGCCUCAAACUCGCGACGCAUCUACGCCAGUGUGCUAAACGUGCGAACAAACACGGACGGGUUUAAGGAGCAGGGCAUCACGUACCCGAUCGGCGAAAUGCAGAAACGAUUGAUCCGGGAGACGUAUGAAGAGAUAGGACUAAAUCCAGCGGACGUAGUUUAUGUGGAAGCGCACGGUACCGGCACGAAAGUAGGUGAUCCGCAGGAGGUGAACGCCAUUACGGACUUUUUCUGCAAGGAUCGCAAAACGCCACUGCUGAUCGGUUCGGUAAAGUCGAACAUGGGACAUUCGGAACCGGCGUCGGGCGUUUGCUCGAUUGCUAAGAUCUUAAUCGCGAUGGAACAGGGCGUGAUACCUGGCAAUUUGCAUUACAAAAACCCCAAUCCCGAUCUGUAUGGUUUGCUUGACGGACGGCUGAAGGUGGUGGAUCGUAAUCUCCCCUGGAACGGUGGCAUCAUUGGGCUGAACUCGUUCGGAUUCGGUGGAGCGAACGCACACGUCAUUAUGAAGUCGAACCCAAAACCAAAACCAAUCAGCCCGAAAGACGAUGGAUUCCCUAAGCUGAUGGUGGCAUCGGGACGUACAACGGAAGCGGUAGAAGCCUUCCUCGACCAAGCGACAGUCAGCAAGGACGAUGAAGAAUUCGUUGGUAUCGUCAAUGAAAUCCACAGCCGUAAUAUCCCAUUGCACAAUUAUCGAGGAUACACCGUAGUGGCCGGUGACGGACAGUCGCAGACCGUGCGGGAGGUGCUGGAAGUGACUGCAGAUGACAAACGCCCAGUUUGGUUUAUCUACUCUGGCAUGGGUUCCCAGUGGGCUAGUAUGUCGAAGGAUUUGAUGCAGCUGGAGGUGUUCCACAAUAGCAUCUACCGCUGUGCGGAAGCACUCCGUCCGGAAGGCGUCGAUCUGAUCGAUGUGCUGACGAAGAGCGAUGACACGAAGUUCGAUAACAUCCUGAACUCAUUCAUCUCGAUUGCAGCCGUGCAGGUGGCACUCACGGAUGUUCUCACACACGUUGGCAUUACGCCGGACGGUAUGGUGGGCCAUUCCGUUGGUGAGCUGGGUUGUGCGUAUGCCGAUGGAUGUUUCACACCCGAACAGACCGUACUGGCCGCGUACUGGCGAGGCCGUAGCAUUCUCGACACGGACCUGAUUGCUGGCCAGAUGGCAGCGGUCGGGCUUUCAUGGGAAGAAUGCAAACAAAAGCUCCCGAAGGAUGUAAUACCGGCGUGCCAUAAUAGCGCUGACAGUGUUACAAUUUCUGGUCCGGUCAAUUCCGUAGGAAAGGUUAUCGCGGACCUGAACGCGCAAGGUAUCUUCGCCAAGGGAGUCAAAUCGUCAGGCAUUGCGUUCCACAGUCGGUACAUAGCUGACGCGGCACCGAAACUUCGCAAGUCGCUGGACAAGAUCAUUCCCAACCCAAAGAAUCGUACACCGCGUUGGAUCAGUACGAGCAUUCCGGAAGAAUCGUGGCCAACACCGCUGGCGCAACAAUCGUCCUCGGCGUACCACGUGAACAAUCUGCUCUCGCCGGUUCUGUUUUCCGAAGGAUUGAAGCAUGUGCCGGCGAAUGCGAUCUGCAUUGAGAUUGCACCGCACGGUUUGCUGCAAGCGAUUUUGAAGCGCGCCCUCGGAAAGGAUGCCACCAAUUUGAGUCUGAUGAAGCGUGAUCACGCUAACAAUAUGAUCUUCCUGUUGAGCAAUCUUGGCAAAUUGUAUGCUGCCGGUGUUCAGCCGCAAGUUCAAAAAUUGUACCGUCCGAUCACGUAUCCAGUCGGUCGUGGUACUCCGAUGUUGAACUCUUUGGUGAAGUGGGACCAUUCGAUCAAUUGGUUCCUCGCUCGUAUUGGCGUUGAAAAUAAAUCGGGGGAAACAAUCAUCGAUGUCAACCUUGGAAAGGAUGAAGAUGCAUACCUAGCCGGUCAUACAAUUGAUGGUCGUGUACUGUUCCCGGCUACCGGAUAUCUUACGCUCGCCUGGCGAACCUAUGCCAAGAUGCAAGGAGCCGACAUUGAAAAAACGCCAGUCGUAAUCGAGAACGCCGUGUUCCAUCGUGCAACGAUCCUUCCGAAGGAUGGUUCUGUAAAGUUCGGUAUUAACUUCUUCGAUGGUACUGGAGCGUUCGAAAUCUGUGAAGGUGGCACGUUGGCCGUAUCGGGCAAACUUACAAUUCCGGAAAAGAUCGAACUGGAAGAGCUGCCACUGAACAAACUCGAGGCGGAUAAGUCCGGACUUGCAUUGAACAUGAGCGAUGUUUACAAGGAGUUGCGUCUGCGUGGUUACGACUACGCGAACAUGUUCCGCGGUGUAACGCGCAGCGAUCCUAGAGCGUUAACCGGUGAGCUGCAAUGGCGCGACAACUGGGUCAGCUUUAUGGACACGAUGCUGCAGUUCAGCAUUCUUGGAAAGGAUCUGCGCGAAUUGUACCUACCGACACGUAUCGAGAAGAUCGUUAUCAAUCCAGCGCGCCAUAUGGAUCUUGUGAACAACCUCACGCAGACGGGUGACGAUCGAACGCUUCCAGUGUACAUGUAUCGUGACAUUAACGUCAUCAAGUCGGGUGGUGUGGAGAUGCGUGGACUGCGUGCUACGCUGGCACCUCGCCGUCAGGGUACACAGGCACCUCCGACACUCGAGAAGUACGUGUUUGUACCGAACAACAACGAAAAGGAGCUUGCGGAGGAUAACAGCGAGAAAGCACGGUUGCGGUCUAUAACGGCAGCCGUGCAUCUGGUUAUUGAGAAUAGUUCCGGCGCGCUCAAGAUAAAGGUAGCUGAAGCAAGCUUCGAACGUUCGCCUGAAAAUACGAUGGCCGGUACGGUGCAAGCGAUCAUCGAGGGUGAACCAACGCUGGCAAGCGAUGUGGCCGUCGUCACCAACCACCAACCGGACACCUUGGUGCAGCAUUACGGCGAGUCGGGCGUCCGAGUAAUCAACAAAGACGCAGCGGCCGGUCCGAUCGAGCAAAACUGUCAUCUGGCCAUCGGAUACGAUACGUUUGGACGCGCAGACCCCGAAGCGAUCCUGUGCAAUCUACGCGAUUCCAUCAAGUCCGAUGGAUUCGUGCUGUUAGAAGAGUCGCGCAGUACGUUUGACGCCCGCUGCCGAGCAACGGUUGUAAAGACCGGAUUUACGAUCAUCAGCACGCAGGUGUGUGAUAAAAAGGUGUUUGUGCUACUGCGACCAAUUGUUGCGGAAUUGGCACAGCGCAAGAGCAUUAUCAUCACAAUAAGCGAACGCUCCUUCAGCUGGGUGGAAGAGCUGAAGGCUGCGCUGGCAAAGGCAGAAGAAACUUCAACGUACGUAUACAUCGUGUGCCAGGGUGAGGAACUGUGCGGAGCCCAAGGUCUGAUGAACUGCGUGAAGAAUGAACUGGGCGGAAAGUUUGCCCGUCUGUUCUUUAUCCAGGAUCGUAAGGCGGACAAGUUUUCGCUCAGCAGUACAUUGUACAAGGAGCAGCUGGCAAAGGAUCUGAUCUGCAAUGUGCUGCGUCCGGCAAACGGAACACCAACAGCUGCUUGGGGCUGCUUCCGUCAUCUGCGGUUGGAUAACCAAUCGAACGCACCAUCGCUACCGGUAGAGCAUGCUUACAUUAACGCCCUCACCAAGGGUGAUCUGGCGAGUCUUAAAUGGAUCGAAAGUUCGCUAUCUCGCGAUCGUCCGGAUGCGGCGGCACGUAACGAUCGUACGGAACUUUGCACGGUUUACUACGCACCGAUCAAUUUCCGCGAUGUGAUGCUGAGCUCGGGUAAGCUGGGAGCCGAUGCGCUGCCCGGUGAUCUGGCCACGCAGGACUGCAUUCUGGGUCUAGAGUUUGCCGGUCGUGAUUCGAACGGACGUCGCAUUAUGGCGAUGGUUCAAGCUAAAUCGCUUGCCACGACAUGCGUCGCGCAGCGCAACAUGAUUUGGGAGAUUCCGGACAAUUGGACUAUGGAGCAAGCGUCGACAGUACCGUGCGUUUACUCGACGGUGUAUUACGCGCUGGUUAUGCGAGGACGUAUGAAGCGCGGUGAGUCGAUCCUUAUUCACGCUGGUUCGGGUGGUGUCGGACAGGCAGCUAUUUCCGUGGCGCUUGCCGCUGGUGUGACCGUUUACACGACGGUCGGUUCGAAGGAAAAGCGCGAAUUCUUGAAGCGUACUUUCCCGCAGCUUACUGAUAGAAACAUUGGCAACUCGCGUGACUGUUCGUUCGAGCAGCUGGUGAUGCGUGAAACGCAGGGCCGUGGUGUUGAUCUGGUACUGAACUCGCUCGCCGAGGAAAAGCUGCAGGCUUCCAUUCGGUGUUUGGGUUUGAAUGGGCGAUUCCUUGAGAUUGGAAAGUUCGAUCUGAACAACAACAGCCCGCUCGGUAUGUCCGUGUUCCUGAAGAACACAUCUUUCCACGGUAUUCUGCUGGAUAGCGUAAUGGAAGGUGAUGAUGACACGAUCGCCGAGGUCGUGAAGUUGGUAGCCGACGGUAUCAAGAGCGGAGCCGUACGACCACUGCCGACCAGCGUCUUUACCGAGCAGCAAGUUGAACAAGCAUUCCGUUUCAUGGCAUCGGGCAAGCACAUUGGCAAAGUGGUGGUGCGCGUGCGAGAAGAAGAAAAGGCUAAGAUUGUAAAACCGUCGCCGAAACUGAUCAACGCAAUUCCGCGCACGUACAUGCACGCGGAGAAGGUUUAUAUUCUGAUCGGCGGUUUGGGAGGAUUCGGUUUGGAGCUGUCGAAUUGGCUGGUAUCGCGUGGCGCAAAGAUUAUCGUGCUGACGUCUCGAAGCGGUGUCCGUACCGGCUAUCAGUCGCUGAUGAUUCGUCGCUGGACUGAGCGCGGUGUGAAGGUGGUGAUCGAUACGAACGAUGUGACGACGCUGAAGGGCGCUCAAAAGCUGUUGACUGAUGCGGCCCGCCAUGGCCCGGUUGGUGGAGUGUUCAAUUUAGCUGCGGUACUGCGCGACGGACUGUUGGAGAACUCGAGCGAAGCAGACUUCCGGGCGGUAUGCGUACCGAAGGUAGAUGGUACGAAGAAUCUGGACGUGGCUACCCGCGAACUCUGCCCCGAUCUGGACUAUUUCAUAUGCUUCUCGAGCGUUUCGUGUGGCCGUGGUAACCAGGGACAGGUGAACUAUGGCCUGGCCAAUUCGGCAAUGGAGCGUAUCUGCGAGGCACGCCAUGCCGCAGGUCUGCCGGCCACCGCCAUUCAGUGGGGAGCGAUCGGUGACACUGGGUUGGUGUUGGAGAACUUGGGAGAUAACGAUACGGUGGUCGGAGGUACGCUACCGCAGCGUAUGCCUUCCUGUCUGCAGACGAUGGACCUGUUCAUGCAGCAACCCUCUCCGGUGUUGGCGUCCAUGGUAAUCGCCGAAAAGCGUAAGACCGACACCGGUGGCGUCAGUUUGGUCGGCUGCAUCGCAAACAUUCUUGGCCUGAAGGACACGAAGAAUGUGUCGGACGGAGCGACACUGGCCGAUCUAGGAAUGGAUUCGCUGAUGGGUGCCGAAAUUAAGCAAACGCUGGAACGCAGCUUCGAUCUUGUGCUGAGCGCGGCCGAGAUCCGAUUGCUCACCUUCGGCAAGUUGCGUUCCUUCGAAAAGGGUGGUUCGGGUGGUGAUGCAGGUGCGGCUAGUGGUGCACCUGCUGCAGCAGCGACCGGAGCCGGUGGCAAACGAACGGACGAGCACGCUAUUGGUGACGGAACGCAGGUCAAAUUCAGCGCAGAUCUGAUGCCGAAGGAAUGCUUGGUGCGAUUGGAAUCGGCUGCCCCAGCCGGAAGCAAAGCACGGCCAGUGUUUGCGGUGCACGCAAUCGAGGGUGUCAUUACGGCUUUGAUUCCGCUUGCCCAAACACUGCCGGUGCCGGUGUAUGGUUUGCAAUGCGUAGAGGCGGCUCCACUGGAUUCGCUCGAGACGCUGGCAGCCUACUACAUCAAGCAGAUCCGUACGAUACAAGCACGUGGUCCGUACACGAUCAUCGGUUACUCGUUCGGUGCUUCCAUUGCGUACGAAAUGGUAGUCCAGCUGGAGAAGGCUGGCGAUGCUUGUCAUCUAUUACUGCUGGACGGAUCGCCACGCUACGUAAGCUGGUACACGGAGGCACAGAAGCAGCGAAACGCUAAUGGUGAAGUCGUGCAAGCCGUUGACGAGGCGUACGCGCUGGCAUACUUUGCAAUGGUGUGCGGUAGUUUAGACUAUGGACGUACAGCGAAGGAGCUGGUUGAAGCCAAGUCGUGGGACGACCGAGUGGCAAAAUGUGCGGAAAUGGUACACGCAAAGAUACCGCAGUACUCUCGACAGUUGCUUGCCACAACCGCUAGAUCGUUCGUGGGCAAAAUCGUUGCCAGCCAUAUGUACAAGCCGGCAUCCAAGAUCAAAGCUACGGUGAAACUUGUCAAGCCAACCGAAAACUACGCCAAACUGCAGGGUGACUAUGGCCUAUCGGAUCUUUGCCAACAAAAGGUUGAAAUCUUCACUGUACAGGGUGACCAUCGAUCGAUGCUAAUUGGCGAUUCGAUGAAGCAGAUUGCAAGUGUUUUGCAGCAGCUGUUCUAAACAGGAGGCAGCCUCGUCGAUGACUCGAUUUCCUGUGUCCUGACUGUGGUGUAAUUUAUUCAAAACAAUUUUGACGAUUCUUACGGAAUGAAGCGAGGAUCGAGUAAGAUUGCGUGUCCAAAUUUUGUGAUCUUUUUCCAGUGAUUUCAUAUCGAUGAAUGCUUCACGCAGAACUUUAAUUAUCCUAAUACUUACGCUCAAAUAUGAUUCUUCCGCUAACUAGCCACGGAACUAGGCACCUUGCGAUUGUUGCGUUCGAGGGGGAAAAAAUUUAUGCAUAACGCUUCUUUUGUAUAUACACUCUCAUUACCUCUAUCCAAUGCGAACUGUAGAAUGCUGUGGUUUGGCAAGAAAUCGGUUAAUUCAAAUAGCAUUCCCCAAGACGAGCAAUAAGUGCCAAUUGCGUUCGUCUCUAGAUAUUAUUGACAAGGAGAUAAAAGCAGAAGCAAAAAAACAUACAUAACGUGACACACAUAGAAUGUAAGUGGAGAUUGGGUGUAUUGCAUUUAUAAAAUGCAUCACUUCUGAGAUGUAGUACAUCAUUAGAAUUAGAGACUAAACCCCGUACCAGAACGGACCUGUGUCGGUGGGUGGUAGUUUUUUUCCCUUUUAGCACAGUUUGCUGCUAAAAAUUAAACCACUAAAUAGUUAACAGAAACAUCACAAUGUUCUUUAUACUAGGGAUGCUUUCCCUCUCGCGAUCCAAUUACUCUCCGGAUGACACUAGGGACAGGGAGAAGUACUUUCGUUCGUUUUAAGUCUUUAAGGAUUUGUUGUGUUUGCUUUCGCACGCAUAAUACGUAGGUUUGAGAAAGAAACGUAUGUUCGAGUUCCAAAGGGAUCGUUACCUUCGUACGAGUUGUUGUUGAUCAAUAUGGAGAGAAACACUUUUAUGAAAAGUUCUUCUCUUCACUUGAAAUCGAAUCGGAUGGAAUAGAAAGAUGGCAAAAGACACACCAAGGAAAAGCAUGCGAAGAAAGGGUGACAGAUUUGCUAGGCUAGGUUUGAGAAAGUGGAACAGAACAAAAAUAAAAAAGGACAUCCAGGUUUUAGCUGUUAAGAAGAAAAUUAUAGAUGUUUAACUUAAUUUGUGGCAUUUUGCUGCAGGUGAGAAAUUUCUCCAACCCGUUGAGGGGGGGAUUUCUCCUAAGAGAGGGGAUCUUCACCGGGAAUUAUCUGGUAAAUGUUGCUAACAUCUGUCGAACCUGCCGUGCUGUUAAUGGCAGGCGAUCAACACAUUUCCAAAAUAGAAAAGAUUUGCCUAACAAAUGUCACGAAUUAAGUUACACCACUACAAAACUUAAAUAUAUAAAUGAAAACAAUUCUAUGUGGCACUGCGUGCCGUGAGAGAAAUGUAAAAUAUGGUUAUACAUGAACGUGUCCUUCCACGCCAGCUGACAUAUGCUCAUGUACGGUGUGUGCGGCCAGUUCCAUAUCCAUAACUACGUGUAUACUCUUCAAUGUAUAUGUACACACACGCACCCAAACAGAUAGUCUGCACAAAUGCACUUAUGGAAUCGUCUUCAUUAAGGCGAGCGAAUUUCCUUCAACUUCUGGCACAGUCUAUAGCGCACUUUAGUGAGCAAAUUUUUACAUCACCUCAGUGAAAACUGAGUAAUCUUUGUAUCAAACUAUAACAACCAAGUAAAGUAGGACAGCAAGAUAGCUUGUAUCGGUGCCCCAAGAGGAGCAAACUGAUGGAACCACGUGGCUUAUGUGACCAACAUGGUAACGAUAGAAUAAAAUGGUGAUAAUGCCGAAAAAUACGAUGUACAUAUAAAAUAAAACUGCAAUUAAAAGCGGA